AUGCCUGACCCUGACUCCUGUCUACAGACUCCUCACUGUGCCGUGCUACUGACCCUCCUUCUGGGAUUCACAGAAACAGCUGCACAAGUGUAUCUGAAAGUGUUUCAGCCUGAGAAGUCAGUGUCAGUUGCUGCUGGAGAGAAGGUCACUCUGAACUGCACUGUGACAUCCGUGCUCCCUGUGGGGCCCAUUGAGUGGUUCAAGGGUGUAGGGCGCAGCCAAGAGACAAUAUACAGGUUCACAGGAGAGCACUUCCCCAGAGUCACAAAUGUUUCAGAUGUUUCGAAAAGAAACAACCUGGACUUUACUAUCCGCAUCAGUGACGUCACCCUAACAGUCGCUGGUACCUACUACUGUGUGAAGUUCCAGAAAAUAGCAUCUGGCAACAAGAAGAUUCAGUCUGGAGGAGGCACAGAGUUGUCUAUACGUGCCAGACCAUCUCCUCCUGUGGUAGCAGGCCCUGCAGCCAGGGCCAGGCCAGAGCAGACGGUGAGCUUCACGUGCAAGUCCCAUAGUUUCUCACCACAGAAUAUUACCCUGAAGUGGUUCAAAAAUGGAAACAAGCUCUCUCACUUCCAGACCGUUGUGGACCCCUCAGUACAGAGUGUCUCCUACAGCGUCUUCAGCAUAGCCCAGGUGGUGCUGGGCCCUGGGGAUGUUCACUCUCAGGUCAUCUGUGAGGUGGAUCAUGUUACCUUGGAAGGAAGCACUCUUCGUGGGACUGCCAACUUGGCUGACACCAUUCAAGUUCCACCCAUCCUGGAAGUCAGCCAACAGCCAACAAUGGUAUGGAGUCUGGUAAAUAUCACCUGCCAGGUGAAGUAGUUCUACCCACUACACCUCCAGGUGACCUGGUGGGAGAAUAGAAAUGUGUCCCGGACAGAAAAGGCUUCUGUCCUCACACUGAAUAAAGAUGGAACCUACAACUGGCUCAGCUGGCUCUUGGUAAACACAUCUGCCCAUAAGAAGGAUAUAAUGCUCACCUGCCAGGUAGAACAUGAUGGACAGCCAGCAGUCACUAGAAACCAUACUUUGAUGGUCAGUGAAUACCAAAAGAUGCGGGGUAUGGACACUAACCCUGAACUGCAGGCAUCUCAUACUGCUACAGUUCUUACAGCUGUGUUCCUUGGACCUAAAAUGCUACUAGUGAUUGGCAUCUCUGCAAUCUGCAUCCAUGAGAAACAGAAGGCCUGAUUCUCUUUUCUUCCUCCUCUUCUACAGAAGACACUGACUCUCUUUAGUCAUGUUGCUUGGAGGGGCUCAGCCUAGAAGAAACUGGUAAGAAACUUGAGAAGACUGUUCUCCUAAUGCCUCCCCUCCAAGAACAACUGAUGACUCAAAUUCCCUGUUGUUCCUUGCACAGGCAUUGAUACCCCAGAGCUGUGUCUACAUCCAUGGUCUUCAGUAGAGAUCUGAGAAUAGACUCUGGACCCUUCCCUAAAACAUGAGGAACAAACCAUUCUGAGCACUUCAGGGUGUCUCUAAUCCAUUGCUCUAAGUUUGGCCUUUACUGCACACUUCAGUCUAUGCUCUCUGGAGCUACUCUGUCUCCUGGAUUCCAUUCUACCCAAACUCCUAGCCUUAUUGAUGUUCUCCAGUUAGCUAUAUCCUGAUUUUAAGAAUAAACAUUUCUCUCUUCCCUAUUUACCCAAGUGACCUUGUUCUCAGAUCUCUUCUACUGAAAACUAUCCUCCACUUUUUGUAAUGAAAACAAAAAUUUUUCUGUCACCUUUUUUUGUUACUAGCUCUCCUGCAAAUGCUGUGAAAGUACAGACUUUGAGUCAUUUUGUUUUCUCUUUAUCCUCCUGUGCACUUAUAAUGUCAUUAAAAUGCAUAUACCAAUUCUUUUUAAGAGUCAAAAUUUGACUGAAAAAAAAGGAUAGAAUGAAGAUUUGUGCUGCUUGUAUUUUUCUUUUUUAUUGAAUUUUUGUGAAUCUCAUGCAGUGUUUUGAUCAUAUUGAGACCCCCUCCCUGUCUGGACCCCUUUUAUAGCUCUCACCAGAUUUCAUGUACUUUUUCAUAUA